AGGACAGCAGGCCUGAUGGUGGCACAUGGGCUACAUCUGCCUGAAAGGGAAAAAGGCUCUUGGCUCCAGAGUUAGCAGGGCUCCUUGAGAGAGCUUUAAGUAGCAUUGGAAGUGGAAAAGGGAGUAAACCAGGCUGACGGGGGAGAUGCGUCAGCACUGCACAGCCAUGUUUGGGUGACAGUGGAGGAUGGAAGCAGUGCUGCCAUCAAAGGUCAUGAAAGUGUAGCAGAAGUCAUGGGAAAAGCAGGUUUUUGCCACAAUUCUUUCAGACAAAAAUACUACCAAAGAAACACUCUUGAAUUUGGGCUUUUUACAGCAGCCUUCAUCCAGGUCUUCUUCUAGGGAAUUUCUGAGGAAUAAGACAUGAGUGCCUCUGCAUUCCCAUGCACAAUGCUGCCUCCAAAAUACUCCAGCCCUUCUCCAUUUGGCUCCUUCCAUUCCUGUGCAGAAGAAGGAAAUUCAGUAGAGGGGAGGUGCAGGAAUUCACAGGCAACGUGGGCGUACAUUGGGGCCUUCACAGCCAUCACUUUGUUCUGAGGUCACAGAGCUCUGUUUGAUGUCAGGUUCCAGAGCCCCACUGUGCUCUUCAGUGCUUGCUCUGGGCAACACUGCAGCAGCAGCAGCAGCAGCAGCAGCAGCAGCAGCAGCAGCAGCAGCAGCAGCAGAGUGUUGCUAGCAGGGGGGAUCAUGGUCCUGAGCCGCUACCUCCUGCUGCUCUUUCUCGUGGCCCUGCCAGCCCAGAAUGCCCAGAGUGCUCCAGCAGCUGGGCAGGGAGCAGUUGUGGACACAGAGAGUGCUCUUUCAGCCCCUGAGCGAGGGGCAGAUACCGUGCUGACUCCGAGCUGGUACCUCAAGCGGAUGAAGGAUGACAAGGUUCCUGAAGAGUUCCCUGAAGGAUUGCCGGAUGUUCCAGAGGAGCUCCUGGCAGCCUUGCAUGAAGCCCCAUCUGAGACAGAUUCUGAGACUGUGCCGGAGACCUUAGCUGUGGAAGAAAGUGACAGUGUGCCAGGCUCACAUGAAAAAAGAGAACCAAUAGAGGACACCAGGACACUUGCUGAGCCUGAGGAAUAUUCAGGGUCAUCCGGUGGGCAAAAAGCCGAGACUGCUGGACACUGUGACCCGAGCAAGUACUACAUCCUAGUAGGGACAGUAGCAGCCUCAGCUUUGCUUCUGCUUGGGGCAGUGUCUGGCUAUCUAGUCAUGCAUCAGCUGCUGAAGAGAGACAGGAGGAGCCAGGAGGACAAAGAGGCAACAGGACAGGACUGGGACUCUUCCUGGGAAAGCUGUGGUCAGCCUAGAGGUGAAGCAGAGUCAGGAGAAGGAGCGGGAAGCAGCGAGAGAGCCCAAGGCAACGGGUUCAGGGACAGCUGCCGCCUGUUUCCUGAGCUCUUUGCAGCAGAGCUCGCCCAGCUGUACAAGAACAUGAGCGCAGACCCGUCACCUCUGCCCACCUGCUCCUUCUGUGCUCUGGCUGACAACGCCUCUUCACGGGACCACUGGAUUUCCCUGGAGUCACCUCAGCCCACAGCAUCCUCUUGGCCCUCCUACCAAUACCUGCAGGACUACUAUCUGUUAGAGGAUGAAGAUUAGUGAUAGUGAUAGAUGGUUAGUGAUAGUGAUAGCCAUAAAUAGUGAUAGUGGUAGUGAUUCUUUUAGUGAUAGUGAUAGGGACACUUGAUAUUAGAGGGUGGUGGUUGUUUUAAUGAUAGUGAUAGUUAAUAUUAGAGGAUAGUGAUGGUUUUAAUGAUAGCGUUAGUUAAUAUUAGGGGAUAGUGAUUGUUUCAAUGAUAGCGUUACUUGAUAUUAGAGGAGGGUGAUUGUAUUAGUGAUAGUGAUAGUCAUAAAUAGUGAUAGUGGUAGUGAUUCUUUUAGUGCUAGUGAUAGGGAUACUUGAUAUUAGAGGGUGGUGGUUGUUUUAAUGAUAGUGAUAGUUAAUAUUAGAGGAUAGUGAUUGUUUUAAUGAUAGCGUUAUUUGAUAUUAGAGGACAAUGAUUGUAUUAGCGAUAGUGAUAGUUAAUAUUGGAGGAUGGUGAUUGUUUUUGUGAUAGUGGUACAUUUAGUGAUAGUGAUACUUGGUAUUAGCAGACAAUGAUUGUUUUCUUGAUCUUGAUAAAUAAAUAUUUUUCCAAAAGCA